GGGAGUCUUGUGGCGGUGGGGGCUCCGCUUGUCAGAGUCAGAAGAUACUGAGAGAACAGAGUAAUUGGAAGAGCUGAGCAACCACCUUGGUACAACUGUUGAAAGGAAGAAAGCUUUGUUGGAAGAAAACUUUUUUAGAAGAUGUGCUGAGUAGAAGGAUCCCUCACUUUUAACCACUGGUAAAUCUAGUGCCUUAUAAAUAUGGGGUUUGGAAAUGACCUGAAGUAUUCGCAUGAAGCUUUGCUAAAACUACAAGACUGGGAGUUGCGGCUACUGGAAAUGGUGAAGAAAUUUAUGUCUAUGAGAAUAAAAAGCGACAAAGAAUAUGCAUCUACUUUACAGAAUCUUUGUAAUCAGGUUGAUAAAGAGAGCACUUCACAACUGGAUUAUGUUAGUAAUGUAUCUAAGUCAUGGUUGCUCAUUGUACAGCAGACAGAACAGCUUAGCAAGAUCAUGAAGUCACAUGCAGAAGAUCUGAAUGCCGGACCAUUACAUAGACUUACCAUGAUGAUCAAAGACAAGCAGCAAAUAAAGAAGAGUUACAUAGGUGGUCACCAGCAGAUUGAGGCAGAGAUGUUCAAGGUAACAAAAACAGAAUUGGAAAAAUUAAAAUCUAGUUAUAGACAAUUAAUUAAGGAAGUUAAUUCUGCCAAAGAAAAGUACAAGGAAGCUGUGGCUAAAGGAAAAGAGACUGAAAAAGCCAAAGAUCGUUAUGAUAAAGCCACUAUGAAACUCCACAUGUUGCACAAUCAGUAUGUGUUGGCACUGAAAGGAGCACAGUUGCACCAACACCAGUAUUAUGAUACUACACUUCCUUUGUUUCUUGACUCCUUACAGAAGAUGCAAGAAGAAAUGAUUAAAGCACUAAAAGGAAUUCUUGAUGAAUAUAGUCAUAUCACCAGUCUUGUAACAGAAGAAAUAGUGAAUGUUCAUAAAGAGAUCCAGACUUCUGUUGAACAGAUAAAUCCUGGUACAGAGUACAGUGGUUUCAUAGAGGCUCACAGGACGCCAGAUGUUGUACAACAAGAAAUAGAGUUUGAUACAUCUUUAUUGGAAGAAAAUGAAAAUCUUCAAGCUAAUGAAAUUAUGUGGAAUAAUUUGACGGCUGAAAGUUUGCAAGGCAUGUUGAAAACAAUUGUAGAAGAACUGAUUCAGACUCAGCAGAUACUUCUAAACAAGGAGGAGCUUGUGUUGGAACUAGAAAAAAAGAUUGAAGAAUCUUCAAAGAUUUGUGAAAGGAAAUCAGAUGUUGUGCUUCUGCUCAGCCAGAAGCAGGCACUGGAAGAGCUAAAGCAAACUGUUCAGCAAUUGAGAUGCACUGAAGUCAAGUUUGCUGCCCAGAAAGAACUUCUCGAACAAAAAGUUCAAGAAAAUGAUGGAAAAGAGCCCCCACCUGUCGUAAAUUAUGAGGAGGAUGCCAGAUCUGUCACGUCUAUGGAGAAACCGCCCACAAAAGUUAAGGAUAAGAAAGAUAAAGUUUCCAGAUUUGAUACAAUUCGGCACUCCAUCGCUGGAAUGAUAAGAUCUCCAAAGUCUAUGUUAGGCACUUCAUCGUUCUUUGAUGUAAUAUCAACCAGUGAAAAACCAUUGGCAGAGCAAGAUUGGUAUCAUGGUGCAAUCCCAAGAAUAGAAUCUCAAGAGUUAUUAAAACAGCAAGGAGACUUCUUGGUGCGAGAAAGCCAUGGGAAGCCUGGUGAAUAUGUCCUUUCUGUAUUUUCAGAUGGACAACGGAGACACUUCAUCAUACAGCUUGUUGAAAAUCAGUAUCGAUUUGAAGGAACCGGGUUUGCAACUAUUCCUCAGCUUAUAGAACACCACUACCAAACAAAACAAGUAAUUACAAAAAAAUCAGGUGUAGUUCUGCUGAAUCCCGUUGUUAAGGAUAAGAAAUGGAUUCUCAGUCAUGAAGAUGUCACACUGGGAGAAUUGUUGGGCAAAGGUAAUUUUGGUGAAGUGUACAAGGGAACACUAAAAGAUAAAACUCCUGUUGCUGUGAAAACCUGUAAAGAAGACCUUCCUCAAGAGCUGAAAAUAAAGUUUUUAUCAGAGGCCAGAAUACUCAAACAGUACGACCAUCCAAAUAUUGUAAAACUUAUAGGAGUUUGCACUCAAAGGCAGCCGAUUUAUAUCGUUAUGGAGCUUGUUCCAGGAGGUGAUUUCCUCUCCUUUUUAAGAAAGAAGAAAGAUGAGCUUAAAACCAAACAGCUAGUGAAAUUUUCAUUAGAUGUUGCUGCUGGUAUGGCGUAUCUUGAAUCCAAAAACUGUAUUCACAGAGACCUUGCUGCAAGGAACUGCCUAGUAGGUGAAAGUAACAUACUGAAAAUCAGUGACUUUGGCAUGUCUCGUCAAGAAGAUGAUGGAGUCUAUUCUUCUUCAGGCUUAAAGCAGAUUCCCAUCAAAUGGACAGCACCAGAAGCUUUGAACUAUGGGCGAUACACUUCUGAAAGUGAUGUAUGGAGUUUUGGUAUCUUCCUUUGGGAGACCUUCAGUUUAGGUGUGUGCCCAUACCCAGGAAUGACCAAUCAGCAGGCACGGGAGCAAGUAGAGAAAGGCUAUCGAAUGUCAACACCUCAGAAGUGCCCAGAGGAGAUCUAUAAAAUAAUGCAGCUGUGUUGGAAUUACAAUCCUGAACUCAGACCAAAAUUCUAUGAGAUUCACAAAGAACUGGCUGCAAUCAAGAAGAGAGUGACAUAGUGAGAAACUAGCAGGACACAAACUACAGGACUCUUCUCUUUUUCCAGAAACGUAAUAUUUUGUCAUGAACACUAUGCAUUUAUAUCACAUUGCUUUCGAUUUUCUUCUAGGAUUUCUUUUAAAAGAAUGGUUUUUGUACAUAGGUGUCAGGUUGCAAAAACAUCAAAUAUGCAUUGAAGAGAAAGAGAAGGCUCUGCCAAAUGCUAUAUAACCAAUCACAGUGAUUCUGUCUUUUAGGUUAUGUACAUAGAAAACACACAUACACAUAAGGAACUCUGGCUCCAUUAUUUUACUGUGAUAAAUCUGUCGCAAUGUUUUUCACCCUUUUUGUCUUCUUUUAGUUCAGUUCCAUGUGUUCACACUAGUCAUUCUGUCAGCUGAGUGACUUAUGCACCAUUCCUACAAGUCUUAAAACUGAAGGCACAGUUUUUAAUAUUACCUCAAUUUUAAAAGAUUAUACAAUGUAGUGCUCUGAAAAAAGCUACCACCAGCAGCUAAUCUAGUCUUGGAUUUGCUACUUCUUGUUCUGAAAAACAAAAUAAGCUAAAGAGUUGUUUGUAGAACAGGGAGUACAUUCUAAGUUUCUUGCAAAUAUUCCAAAACACAGUAAAGAUUUCCAACAUUGAACAUUAUUUAUUUCCCUUUUUUAAACAGGAAAAAAAAAGAGCCGUGGUUCACCAGGAAUCAGCAUGCACAAAUCUAUGUUUGGUCUAUCCUUUAUUUAAAGAGGGUGGGUGGGCUGAAGCUGGAUUGUGUAUGAUAUAUAUUUGUCAAGAAAUAUUGCAGAUGAUCUGUCUUUUUCAGAAGGAUGAGAUAUAGCAGUACACAGUUGCUUUGGAAUGUGCACAUUUAGAAGUGCUGUCAGAAAGAAACAUGUUUGAGAAUGAGAAUGGCAUAUAAUGAAGGUAACCAGUAACAUUGAUUUUGGAUAGGGAACGGAAAGUGAAUUACCAAAUUGGCCUUUGGAAGCUCUGUGAAUUGAUGUUCCUGUUCUGUAUGCUGCUGGAACAAGGAAAAGGGGGAAAUUAUGUUCUAUGCACGCUGUCCAAGGAGAGAGAAAAAAAAAAGGAAAUGUUACCUUUUGUAAAAAGUGUCUUGCACAUUGAACAAACCACAAAGAUGUAUUGUAAUACUCUGUAGGACUCCUUUCCCUAUUAUUGUCCUCAGAUUUUUCUGGGUUUAGCAUACUUGGAAUGAAAAGUCACUAUCUUCAGCAUAGGCCAUCUCUGGGCUAAAAAUAGUGAAUGGAUUACAUCGGGGGUUUCCUACCAUAGGAGCUUUCCCCAGCUACUUGGUAAACUGGUGGCAUUAUUCUAAAAGGUUGAUUGAUAGUUGAGGAGUCCUGUUCUUAGGGGGUAAGUUUUUGCCUAAAAUAGCAAAAUGAUAAUGUCAACAAGUUGAUCGCUUCUAGCCCAAGGGUAUGAUGGUGUGGACAUUAAAAAUGUUUUGAACCUUAAAAUGACACUUUGUACAGUAGGACCAAGAUGUUACAUGUUAUCUGUUUUGCUGACCUUCUAGCCAGAGCAAAUUUGCUCUUUUUUGUGUAUUUUUGUGGUAGUGCAGAGUGGUAAUAUUGAGCAGGGUGUCUUCUACAUGUUGUCCAGAAAGGUUGAUGUUAUUAACAGGAUAAAAUUUAAUGUCAGAAUAAAAGAAGAAAACUGUAUUGAAGAAAACUGUAGGUGGACUUGUUAGCACAUUAGCACAGGAGGAAGUUGGGCUUCUUAUGACACAAGGAUUGGUUUGUGGGUUCAGAAAACUAGUGCAAAGGCAGAGGAUGGGAAGAAAAUUUAGUGCUGUAUAUUUACCCUGGGAGUUUCUUUAUUUAGCAAUGGGCAUACACUGAUCUUAAUGAAUUGUUCCAAAUAGGAAACAUUAGUUUGAUUAAUGUGAUCCUACAGGGAUCCUAAACAGAAUGUGCCUUAAUUCAUUGGCAUUCCUAUGUUAACUGAAAUGCACAAGGACUGAAUGCUAACACCACAAGGGGGAAAUCACAAAUCUCUCUGUUGCAGAUCUUCAUCUAUGCAUUCACUAAUGUAUAAAUGUACGGAUGAGAAUGUAUUUUCUUUUUAUUCCUGGUGUUCUAUACCAUUUCUAAGUCUUUUGAAUAUACGCUUCUUGUUGAAUGGGAAAGGACAGUUCUUUACCUUAAUUUGAUUAGCAGGACACACUGUUCUGGUCUUGUACAGAUAUAAAGGAUAACUGCUAUUUAUAUUUCGUUUAUGUAGGCAGUAAAAAUUUGCAAUUCAUGUCUUACUGCUGCUCAAAUUGAAAGGCCUUUUCCAAACAGAAUACCAGAAGCAUGUACAGUUUGUUCUGUCUGCCCUUUGUCUGAAUUUGGUAGUCGAUUUAAGACACAAAUGGUUUGGGAUAUUGUCAGAGGUGGUUUAUCCAUAGAAAAUAUUGGUAGUUAAGUUUUUCACAAACUUUAUGAACCAUUUUCUUAAUGUAUCUUUAUUGUAUAUAAGAUAAAAAUGCCUCUCAUUUUAAAUACUGGAAUGAAGUAUGUUAGGCAGUUAAAUCCAUAUCAGAUAACAUAUGGACAAGAACAGUUGUUAGCUGGGAGUCUGACAAAAUGCACACAUGCUUGGAAAAUAAAGGAUAAAAAGGCAACUCAUACAGCUCAAAAAGCUAGACUCAACUAUUGGCUUAAUGAAGUCAAAAUUUGGUCAAUUGUGUUUUGCUCCAGAACUUAGAGAGUUUGUGUUAGAACAACAUAAGAAUUUCACCCCUUUUUUUGUGAAAAAUUCAAUAUUGAUUAGACUUUGUAGUCUUUCAUAGCAAUGAAUCUUCAUAGAUUUGCAAAGUGCUGGAGAAGUUGUGCCUCUGCAUUACUCCCAAUUAAGAAGUCUUGCCUCAAAACCAAAUUUUUUCAAAAGGUUUGUUUUCAAAACAAACUUUGUACUCAGUUCUUUGGAGCCCAUUAGUGCAGUCUCUUUGAUUUUUAAGAAAUGUGAUUUCAAGAAACUGUUUUCAAUUAAAUCUCCAAAGAGAAUAAGAAUCUUCUUCAGGUUAUGAUGAUGUCUUUAGCUUUUAAAAAAAAAUGAAGAUGAUGGACAUACAUGAAAACAAGCGAGCUCAGCAGUAAGCUCCUGAGAUAAAGACAUUCUACAUUUUGUGGAAAUGUGCAAUAUAGAAAGCUGUUCUGAUUGAAAAAAUGAACCACCAUCUGCCCUUCUCAACCAGAAUCAUUCAAUUGCCUUCCAUUUCACAAUGGUUCUUAAAUAUUUGGAACUUCUAAUUUGAAGGGUGAAGUCAUAUACUUCCUAUUUAUCAUAUGCUGCCUAUUUGUCUUUUUUAACAUUGAAGCAAUGCCAGAACAAUGUUGGCAAACAAUGAUGUUUAUAUAAUAAGCAAAAAACCGUUGGGAAGAACAUAGUUUAAUUAUUUUUCCUUCAUGUUUAUUUUUAUCUAUGGGCUAUUAUGCCUUUGUCUGCAUGACCAAAGCAAUACGUUGCAGAAAGCAAGUAGUGAAAUACACAAGCACAUUAGUCAUUAAUCUUUUCCUAUAUUUGAGCAGCUAGUUAGAUUAUUAAAUAAUUUAUCUCUUAAUCAUUACUGAAAAAAAGCUUUUAACCCACCAUUUUAGUUGUCUCAAUUUGGAAGCUCUUGCAGGCUUUCAUUGGAGGUGUAACUUUCCUAUGCAGGACUGGCUGACUCCAGCUAAACUUUUACAUUACUGUUCUGUGGUGCAGCAUUAGUCAGUUGUGGGUUUUAUAAAAACAAAUUGUAUGAGGACUAUUUGAUUCUGUAGUAAUCUAGAUCUUUAAUAACAAAACCAUGCUUAGUUCAUCAGGCAGAUGUCACAAGAGUCUCUGAAAUGCUGCAUUAUAGCAAUUAUAGCAAUUAUAGCAAUUAAUUAAAUAGACAUGGUUAUUAACAAUCAGAUAAGAAGUCCAGAUAGCCUUGAGAAGUGUAACCAUAAUACUUUCCUUUUUUUAAAGUCAGUUCUAGUUUUUCCAAGACAUUUGUUCUUUUAGUUUUGGAUUUUCUGUAUCACCUUAUGUUACUUUGUCUUUCACUUUUGAGCUCCGCUGUUUUCAUGCAGUCCAUCAUCUUCUAUUUUCUUGAAACCAAAGACAUAACUUGGCUGAACUUGUUGCCUGGCCAUGGCUUUUUUUUUAUCCUCUCAGAUGUUAAACAUUAGAUCUUGAAACACUGAAAAAUGAGCAAAAGGUCAAUAGAGCACAUACGAAAAGGCAUGUCCCUCCUUCAGUUUAUGACUGACAGCAUUUUUAAGCUUUUCUUCUAGCAAGAAGAAAGCUACAGCCAAGAAAGGAAGAUAAGGUAAAGGCGGAUGGGAUGAUUUAUACGUAUGUAUCUGAGAAACUGAAAAAGACUUUGGUACAUUUUUGUGCAGCAGUUCAACGGAUAUAGUAAAAAUGUAAGGAUCUUGUUUUUCAGGGUAUUGUUUAUCAGAAAUGUUUAUCUCUAGGGUAAAAUAUAUGGUAUAUUAUUCUACCUAGAAAACUGCAACCAUGUAGAGAUCAAAUAUUUACUUGCCUCAGACAGCAUUUCUUCUAAAGCCGGUUUUUCCUUUGCCCUUUUCCUUGGCAACCUAAGGGCUGCUUCACAAGUUUCAUAAGUGGCAGUGCAGGCAGAAGAGAACUGUAAUCAAUCCUAACUCUUCUGCCUUGCUCAUAUAUGCAUCCCUACCCAUCCCUUCAUUCAAAAUAUCAUUUAUUCCUCUAUGGAUUGCAGCAUUACUUCUGUAAAAAUGCUAGUUAAGUAUAUUAGGCAAUGUUGUGAGAGGAAGGAAAUGCAGGAGGAAAGGUUAUGUCAAAGGAGUCAGCAAAGUCUUUAAACCUUGUACAUUUGAAUUCCGGGAAAAUAGAAGUUUUGUUGUCCCCCCCAUAUUGUUCCCUAAUAACUGCAACCAAGAACUAAUGUGCACCUAUUUGAUUUUUUGAACAGCACACACACACCCGAGAAUAUUACAGCCUGCUUUUGUAAUGUUACUGUGCUUUUCUGCAGGUCAUGGAAAGCAGUUGUUUGACAGAUAUGCUUCCAGUCAUGUUUAACUUCUGGAAGUAGUUUAACUUCUGUGGGACUUGGGCAUCUGGUUGGUCGCUAAAGACUCUUAAUAUAAAUAUACUUAAGAGGCAGUGAGGCACUCACCUGUACAUGAAUUAUGUUCAUGAUUUGAGCCCAAAAUCAUUUUAAUUAACUGUGUAAAUUGGCGAGUAUGCAAUUAUUAGAUAAUGGGCUGCUGCCCUUCCAGUCAUGCAGUGGUUGUAUUGAUUUCGCUAUACCCAGGAAUUGCACAACUAAGGCCAUCGUGUCUUUAAACUGGAUUUUAUAAUCAUAAGAAUCUUGACUGCCUAAGUCUUUCAAAGAGCCUGACUAAACAUGCCAGGUUCCCCAGUGAACAUUGUGCUGGUUGCUAAAUUAAAUAUGUGUAGCUGCUUUGCAUUGCACAGGUAGCAGCCAAUUUAAAUGAGCUGCUGUACCCAAGAGUCACAUUGGUGAGUUGUUUUGCUUUGCUGUCCUUCUGUUUACGUCAAGCCAAACACUGUUCAUGAACAUUAGAAACUUGUUCCAAAAAUUAGCAACAAAUCUCAUGUUUAAGGUCCAAAAUAUGAUCAGAAACCACCAUAAAUGUUGUAGCCCAACUACACCAAAGUGAAAUUGAGUACAUUGUAUAGCAUCUGUGAAAGGAUCACUUUAUAAAAUUGUGGAUAAACUUUUCAAAAGAGAUAAGUCAUGUGACAUAACCUGCCACUGAAAAGUGGUGCUCAGUGGACCAUUCCUAUAACUACCAGUAGGUUUAUCACGUACAAUGUAACUUUAACUCUGAUAGUUAAACAGAGACUGCCUCAUUUCACAGAACAAAGGCAUCAUAUGUUAAGGGAAAACGGAAAAACUCUCUAGCAGUGCCAUUAACAAUCCAAACCUAGGAGAGCUGUGUGUAAAGGGGGAAAUUCUAAGCUGUGGAAAGAAGGUCAUGGUUGAUGUUACUAGUUUACAGAGGAAAUAUCAUUUUUCAAAGAGAAAACGGUAAGAGCAGCCAGAACAAACAUAUCAGAUUAGUUGCUCUGAAAUAUAUCAAGGAAUAACACAGGAAAUACUUAUUUAAAAGUCUUUAGAAAAGUAUAGUACAAACUCUUAGCUGUGUAGACAAGCAAGUUAAUAAAGAGAUCUUUAUGUACAGUAAAGUCACCCGGCCUUUGAAGUUAUAUGAGUUUUAAAACAUCCUUGAAUUUGAGAACUGAAUCCUGCCCGAAUGUUAAUACUGGUGCUGUUCUCUUGAGUUAGUUUUGCAGCUCUUAAAUUCUGGAAGAACUGAAUCCCAGGAACAUUUUUAGAAUAUAAUUUUGUGACAUCCAGUGCCAUCUGCAUCAGGUCUAUUACACCAUAAUGUACCAUACGAAUUCAUAUCUGUGCUUUUUGUAAUUGCCCUGUUUGAGGCUAAAUGUCACUGGCAAAGAAGGAAAUUUGCAUUAAAAAUAGUUCAUUUGACAUGCUUAGAGACACUAUCCUCUCUAUAUUAACUUGGGAGCAAAUUCAUGAAAAAGAUCUUUACUACCUUCCCCUUCCUACUCUAAUCCCCGAGCCCCACCCCACCCCAAGAACCAGUCCUGAGGGUCCUCAGGAAUAGUAUGGGAUGUGGCGUGGGAGAACUACAACAUGAAGGGGUGGUCAGCAGAAAUCCCUUUUCUUUCCAAAUGAAACAGGUGUUCAUGUAAGGGUUGAGAGGUGGUGUGAUUUCUGUGGCUUCCUCUUUCUUGCUGUACCGUAUCCCAAGUUCCCAAAGUUCCUCACCCUUUCAGAAUUGCUUAUUUAGGGAUGCAGUAGGUUUCAGUGGGAAGGGGCAAAGCUCUCUUGCCUUUUCUAUGUUUACUAACUUUUUGUGCUGUUUCUGUGGAAUUGGUUGGGAUCCAAGGGACUUCCUAACAAACCAGAGUUGAAGAAUGUUAGACAUUUGAGUAGGGCACUGAGAUAGUUUACAGCUUUUUACAUACAUAUAUUUUGAUGUGGAUUUGGGUCUCUUUUAAGUUAGUGCCAAUAUAUGUGCCAGCAGGUAUAAUAUCAGGUAAAGCACCUUUUUAUGCUCUUUAUUUUAGAAAUAAUAUAUUUGUGAAACACAUUGGUAAUACAUAACACUGGAAAGGGUUACUUCUUCCCAAAAAGUACAGGUGCUUAAAAAGGGAGGAAGGGAAGCUUUUAGAGGCUUUCCUAGCUUUUAACAAGAGUCAGAAUGAUAGCAUAUAUAAUACUUACUAGUUGUCUGACCUUUGUAAUUUUAUCAGAUCUACAUUUUAUCUCUUAUUUAUUUGCCAUUUUUUAUAUUCAAGUUUGAACCUAAAUUAACCUUGUUUCAUUUUCCUAGCCUGUAACAAAAAGGGAUUUUUGGUGUUCUUAGAAAGUCUGUGGAUAGUUUUGAAUAACUUUUUUCUUUUGGACUGGACCAAUUACCACUAACGGGUUUGCAGGACCCACCCCCUUUUUUUUACUGUAUUCUUCCAAUAAAUGUACAAUGUUUGUAUUGAUUCUGUUUCAACUUU